AUGUCCCCGUAUCAACUAGUUUAUGGUAAGGCGUGUCAUCUCCCUCUUGAACUUGAGCACAAAGCAUUUUGGGCUACCAAAUACUUGAACUAUGAUCUGGCAAAAGCACGUGAGUUACGGAUUCUUCAACUCCACGAGCUAGAAGAAUUCCGUGAUCAAGCCUAUGAGAAUGCUAAAGUCUAUAAAGAGCGGACCCGAAAAUGGCAUGAUCAAAGAAUAAAACAGAAAGUAUUAUGGGAAGGCCAGUUAGUGCUUCUAUUCAACUCCAAGCUUAAAGUUUUUCCUGGGAAAUUGAAAUCCCGGUGGUCUGGUCCGUUUGUGGUACAAACGGUAUUCCCUCAUGGUGCGGUGGAAAUUAAAAAUCCAAACAAUGGAGAUGUAUUCAAGGUGAAUGGACAACGGUUGAAGCCCUACUAUACUGGAGUAGGAGCAGGAGUGAUCGAUCAUUUGUGUCUCACCGGAUGA